AUGACCAAACACCAAUGUUCUUUGAACAUGAUAAAACUUUUACCUGCCAUGACAAAUCAUAACGUUUUUCUGAGACCCCAAACGCUUAGAUAUACAAAAUUUACGUUAAUGCGUCGCAUGCUAUCCACACCAUCUCGGAGAGCAAAAAGCAUACCAUCGAUCUUAAGUUCGAUCUAUACAGUUCCAAAUCUGCUUACAAUUAGCAGAAUAGCAGCUGCACCGCUGAUAGGGCAUUGCAUAAUAUCGAAUAAUCUCGUUCCGGCGUUGGCUCUUUUCACAUAUUCGUGCUUAACAGAUUUUCUGGACGGCUACAUGGCCAGGCGAUACAACAUGAAGUCCGUCGCAGGGACAGUGCUGGAUCCGAUGGCCGAUAAAAUUUUGAUGCUAGUCACCACGGCAUCCUUGGCAUUUCCUGGUGGACCGCAGAUCAUACCAGCUUCACUAGCUGGUAUGAUUAUUGGCCGCGACGUUAUGCUGGGACUCAGUGCAAUAUACUUCCGAAUCGCUUCGCUGAAACAUGCGUAUGGGCAAGUUACGUGGAGUUCGUUCUGGGAUGUGUUCAGAUUCCCCAGUGCGGAGGUGAGACCCACGCAAAUUUCCAAGUGGAACACUUUUCUCCAGAUGAUUUAUCUCGGAUGGGCCGUGGCUCACAUGAUAGCUCAUUCAUAUACCGCUGAUAAAAAUGAUAUCGAUGGCGAUUCGCGGAACCUGAACCAAGUAGCUUUUGAAUACUUUGGGUAUCUGGUGGGUGUCACCACCGGGUUGAGCGGGGCUUCCUACAUUUUCAGCAGAAACGCUGUGAAGUACCUCAACAAAUUGAAAUAA